GCUCCGGCCCCGCCCCCGGCCCCGGCCGCCUCGCCUUCCCCGCGGCGGGUAAGGAAGCCCCUUGGAUCCCAAACUUCUCCCUCACCUCCGACUGCGGCUCGAGGGUCUGCCCUGAGCGACAGACUCCUGUGGCCUAAGCUCCCUCCUCCGACGUCAAGACCAGCUCAGGGACAGGGUCAUGCUGCCCCCACCAGCUCUUCCUGUCGCGGCUCCAACUCCGCCGCGCGGAUGCCCCUCUCCGUGGCUUUCUCGCUCCACUACGUCUGGCGCCGGGCUCCGCCUGCUGGCUCUACCCCCCCAGAACUGAGGGUCACCCCUGAGACAAUACGGACUAGUCUACGGGUCUAGCCCUCAUGCACCAGACAGCGCUUUGCAGGACGAAAGCAGCCACAGUCGUGUGCCUAGUUUAGCCCCCACCAGCCUCACUUCCAGCAGAUGAUGAUAUUGGGGUCAUUUUCCAGCCGUUCAUCAAGCUCGUGGUAGCUCAUGCCUGUUUGGGACAGUGCAGGCUGGGUCAUACCGAUUGGCAGAGUGCACCGGCCUGAGGCAUUUAGCUCCUCCAGCAAGAUGGUCAUGAUGGGCACCAAUUUCUGCUUGCUCUCCUCUGUUGACACGAAGCUGCUCUCUAGCUGGAUGGAGCAUGGACAAGAUGGCUACAGUCACUGGCCUGGUUGACCAUGGCUCUUUCUGUGGAGACGGAGUCGCACAUCUACAGAGCUCUGCGCACUGCCUCUGGGGCUGCUGCCCACCUUGUGGCCCUGGGUUUUACCAUCUUUGUGGCUGUGCUUGCCAGGCCUGGCUCCAGUCUGUUCUCCUGGCACCCCACACUUAUGUCUUUGGCUUUCUCUUUCCUGAUGACUGAAGCACUGCUGGUGUUCUCUCCUGAGAGUUCGCUGCUGCGCUCCCUCUCACGGAAGGGCCGAGCACGCUGCCACUGGGUUCUGCAGCUGCUGGCCCUGCUGUGUGCACUGCUGGGCCUAGGUCUUGUCAUCCUCCACAAGGAACAGCUUGGCAAAGCCCACCUGGCCACGUGGCAUGGGCGGGCAGGGCUGAUAGCUGUGCUAUGGGCGGGGUUGCAAUGCUCAGGUGGGGUGGGGCUGCUCUACCCUAAACUGCUACCCCGAUGGCCCCUGGCUAAGCUCAAGCUAUACCAUGCCACUUCUGGGCUAGUAGGCUACCUUUUGGGCGCUGCCAGCCUUUUGUUGGGCAUGUGUUCACUGUGGUUCACUGCCACGGUCACUGGUGGGGUCUGGUAUCUGGCUGUGCUCUGCCCUGUCAUUACCAGCUUGGUCAUCAUGAAUCAGGUGAGCAAUGCCUACCUGUACCGCAAAAGGAUCCAGCCGUGAGCUCUUCCCAGCCUAGAAGCCUGGAUUUGCCUCUCAGUGUAGUAGCUGGGGCUGGAACCUCCUGGACUCUUUCAGCUAAGUCAUGGGGACACCUCAGGCACUGGGGCAGUCUAGAGUAGGAGUCUUGUGUGUGACAUUUUUGGUUGCUCCUCAUCCUGGAGUGCUUCCCCUUUCCUUCUGUACUGUCCCAGAGGAGCUUACAGAUGAUGUGUCUGGAUGAAAUUGGGGUUGCAAGGCUACUUCCCCAGCAACUCAACUCGUACUUGUACUGGUAUGUCCAGAAAUUACAGGAGAGAAAAAAAAAAUAAAAAAGAAUGACUGAAAAGAC